UGUCGCGGAAUGACAAGUGUUUUCACUGGAAUCGCAGUAAUCUUGUGGCUGUGGCUUCAAGUCCCUGGUUCUUCAUCCCAAUUAUUAGAGGAGAACUGCGGGACAGUGUCUACAAUUCAGCCGAAAAUCAUUGGUGGUAAGCCAGCGGGAUUAGGAUUACAUCCUUGGAUGGCCUUUCUGCAUACGCCGAUUUACUUUAGAUGCGCCGGAUCUCUUAUCAAUCACUGGUUUGUCUUGACGGCGGCCCAUUGCUUCGAUGAGGGGGUGGACUACAUUGUUCGCUUGGGUGAAUACCAUAGGGAUUCAGAUGAAGACUUCGAAGAGUACGGGGUAGAUAGAGGUUUCAGGCACAUGCACUACAAUAACAAAAUAUAUACCCACGACAUCGGAUUGCUGAGGCUCAAAAGGAGGGUGGAGUACUUACCCCAUAUCAAACCCAUCUGCAUUUUAGAAAACAGUAAUAUGAAGUGGCUGACGGUGGAGGCCACCUGGUUCACAGCCACCGGCUGGGGCCGAACCACUCCGGGUCCCGAUUCCAUGGGGAGUCGCGUUCUUCAAGAAGUGAAAAUAAAUCGCAGGAAUCAAACUGAGUGCGCCUGGGUGUUUGUCCAACGGUUGACUCCCCAACAGAUCUGCGUGGGCACCGAAGACCGUAACCUCUGCCAAGGGGACUCCGGUGGUCCGCAGGGGAGGAUGGUAAGGAUGCAUGAUGGCGACGAGUAUCGCUACGUCCAGAUGGGCAUUUCCAGCUAUUCGGAUUCUGGGUGCACGGUCAGCAUUAUCACGGACGUCGUGAGCUACGGCGAAUGGAUCAAAAGGAUAGUGGAUUGGAAUACCCCCAGGGACGAUAGAAGAACAACAUAUUCUUUAGAUUCCGAUUCAAGGCUUUAUUAAUAUAUGGUAGUGAGAACAGCCAAGAGCAGGAAAUGAACUUUACUGUUUCUUGGAACUUUUAAUGACCUGUUAACGACUCUGAAUACAUAUAAAAACUUAUGAUUGAUUUAACUUAAACUCGGGUGAAUAAAUAUAAAUUAUA